UAUGCUAUUCAAUCUAAACGGCCCUUCGCUUAUUGAACCCCAUUCUUCCACUGCUUGUGGGUAGAGCCCUUUUUUGGGACCGCCAGUCAGUCACAGUUGGGCUUUUCCACGUAAUUCCCCAUCACAUGUCAAAUCAUUUUCCGAUCCCACCCCCAAGUAUAAAUAGGCACAGCCUACAUCGAAGCUGCAAGUGGUUGCGACGGCCGGCUGCUUUACGGAAUCAAAUAUUUUCAUAAUCUUUGUCCCAUUUCAAUUUUCCCAGAGCAAAUGUUUAACUAACGGAACGGGUGGAUAAUCGGCUCGAAGUAAUCUUAGAAGCUGUUUUUGUGGUUGAAUCAAGAAGGAAUUUGGAACCAUUUGGCAUCACGGUGCUGUCAAUCAUGAAGAAAUUCAAGAGUCACCUCGUGGGAGACAAGAAAGCCAUCACACAGAAUAACUUUUCACCGAAAACUGACUGUUCAGGAAUAAGCCCAAAACUAAAUGUGGAGAAGAAACACAAUAAGAAAUGGGCCAUUUUCUCACCAUUUUCCCACAAGAAGGAAACAACACUGAUUUCAACAGACAACAUUGCAGAUACUGAAGAGAUCAAUGGAGAAAAUAUAAAAAUACUAUCAGAAAAAGACAUCAAAGUACUUAUCGAACAAAAGCAAUAUUUUAAGGCUGACUGCCACCUCAUCAAAUUGGAACAUGAUCGAUAUACUCAUGACAGUACGGAAAUUGAUGAAGGUUUCAUCGAAGAGAAAAAAAAAGUUGAAUCAUUGUAUGAGCUGCUUAGUGUUGAAAUUUUCACAGUUGCGAAAAACUCAAUGAACAUUUCCAAGGAAAAUCCAAAUCUGUUGAAAAUGGCAGUGCAAGUGAAAACCCAAGAGGAAAAGUUAGAUCAGAUGUGUCUGGAGGAGAAAGGGACAUGUGGAGGUAUCGCAAAAGUUAGGCCAAGAGGAUGGGAAGCUAAAUGGCUGGAUGCUUUAGAGCAAUCUGUGAAUCAAAGAUUAGGUGAACUACUACCCAAUGUUUCUGAUGUUGACAAAGCCAAAUCGUCCAUUGAGUGUUUAGUGGAACAUCACAAAAAACUGAAAGAGGAUUUUGAUACCAUUGUGAACUGCAUCAAGCCAUGUUAUCCCCAAGAGUACAAUAUAUGUGAAAAGUAUGUGGAAUAUUAUCAUAAAAAAUGUUCCUCCCAUAUGGAAUUAAUCAUAGAAAGUGGACCUAAAGGAAAAGAAGUUUAUCCCAUUCUGCACUGGAUUUACACUUGUUAUCCAAAGCUUAUGAAUACCAUCACACAAUCUGAAGAAACAAGUCAGGAACUGUCAAGUACCUUGCUCCCAGAAAGCGUGAUCAGUCAUUUGAAAAGUGAAUACUUUUCUGCUUUACAGGCAGAUGUUAGAAUGCACAUGGCAAACAGUCUCCAUAUAGAAGAGGAGAAUUGGAGACGUGAAGAGGAGCCCAUUGUGCUGAAUGAGCAUUAUCACAGCGAAUUACCUAUCGACAUAAUCCAGAUAAUUGAGGGGGCUUUCCAGGACACCAGAACUCUUACUAAUGAAAUGUCAGACAGAGCAGUAGACAUCAUGCUACAGGAAGCACAUUCCUUCCUAGAAUGCUUCCAGCGAUCAGCAGAGAAUUUUGAAAAAUCCAAUUUCAACAAUGCAAAUUUCAUUUCCAUUACAAUUUUAAUCGCCAACUGUUGUGAAGUUAUCAGGAAUUACAUUGAUACAAAUGAGAAAAUCGCUAAUGUAGAGAUAAAGGAGAAAGUUCUAUCAAUUUUGAAUGAAAUGCAAAAGAAGAGAAAAGACAUUUUGCUAAAGACCUUGUUUUGUAACUUAAAGCCUCACUGUAAAAAGCUGGUGACAGAAAAAUGGUUCGAGUCCUCAGAUCCUAUCGACAAAAUAUUUGAAUUAUUGGAGGAGCAUCUUACAAGAUUAUUGAAAUUAAAAGCUCCACUGUAUCAGGAUCUAUUGAGGGACAUCCAUAAGCAGCUCAUUACAGAAUACAUAAUAAGAAUUAUGAAGAAAAGGCUAUAUUGCAAAACAGAAAAUAAGCAGAAAAGUGUGGCACACCAAAUAGAGAAUGAAGCUGUCCAGUUACAGAAACUCUUUACUUGUUAUCAGUCUGAAGAUACGUUUCUGGAGUCUGCACUUCUUAAAAUCGCUGAAAUCAUCAGGCUUAAAGAUAUCAUAGCUAUUACAGUGGAAGUUGCUGCACUCUUCCAUGACUUCCCAGAUGUUAGAAAACAGCAUAUUGGAGCCAUCUUGUACAUUAAAGGGAAUGUGAAAAAAUCAGACGAAAAACAGAUUCUGAACAUUCUUAAUGAACCCCUGAUUGAUGCAGAUACUACCAAGGACAUUAAACUUUUUAGCACUACUACUGUUCUAAAGACUCUCUGAGAAUCAUAACUUCACUGAACUGGGACACCAGCAUAAUCUUUGUAUAUUUUGUAGUCUCAUCAUUUUUAAGGAUGUAUUUGUAAGGCAAUGGUGUUUCAAAUGCAUGUUAUUGCCUGUCGUAUGUCUGAUGUGGCACAUUUGAAUAAUAAUCACCACAUAAGUUACAGCAUUGUGAAUUUGUCACUUUCCUCACACCUUAUGGCUGAACGUCUUUCAAGAAAUAGAGGCAUUUUCUUUGGCAUA